GUCAAAUGUAUCUUCUCCUAACCUCUAGAUUCCGCGUUUUCGAACGUGUAUAAUUUUCGUGAAGCGCUAGAAAGUGAAGAUUGAUCUUUUCUUCUAUACGUAAGUGCUUAUCUGCACAAGAUCUGUUCAGAAUCGGUGUCCUUUAACGUGCUCUUUGCUGAGAUUUUUUAGUAUUGAUAAAUAUUUCCUAGAUAAGUACAGGUUACAUUUAUGAAGUGUAGGUCAUGCAGACCACUUGCAGAGUAAUGUAAUGAAUAGCUGUGGGAACUCUAAUAUUAGCACCAAGCUACGUGGUUCUAAGUGCAUUGAGACUCAAAAAGAGUCUAUAAAUCAAGGAGAAGAAAUAGAAACAGAGGAUAGUAGUGUGAUAAAUGAUUAUACUGUAAACAACCUGAAUGCACCACGCAGUACUCUGGUUAUUUGUCAACGAAACUCUAACUACUCAUCAGAGCACAACUUUACUAGAUUUAAACCAAGGCUCAGUGGUCUUCCAAGAAAUGAAUUUCGAAUGGCACGUGGUGGCAGUUCCACAGACCGUGCCAGAGGUGGAACACGUGGAAGAGCCUUUAAAAAGACUCUCAAUGAUCGAGAAUCAAACACGGAAUCUUGUUAUCACUCUACAUCUAGACCCAAGUUUCAAGAAUCGUUGAAAAAUCACGAAAAUGCACAGAGCAAAUAUUAUGACGAUAAAAGAAUAAGUGAGGACUCGAGAAUAUCUAAGCUGUUACGGCGACUAUGUCGCGAAGAUAAUUAUGAUCUUUUUAUGGUUCUUUGCAAGCAAGUACAAGAAAGUAUCGUCGCAUCUGAAAAUCAACGAUAUAUACGAAGGAACUUAGAGCCUAUCUGCGAUAGUCUGUUGGAUAUUUUGCACUCUGGUCCUGGUCAGGAAGCAAAGCAACAAGUUGCAAAAUGUUUGGGUCGGAUUGGAUAUGUUGUAGAACAAGAUUUUAAUAGAUUUAUGAACUGGACUUUUAAAAAAUACUCAAUGGAAUAUAAAGAGGAUGUUAAAUGUCUAUUGAUAAAAUCAAUUGUCGAAGCACUUAAGAUGGAUUCUGAGAUAUCUAAACUAAAAGAAUUCUCUGUGCCUAUGAUGUCCCAAUUACAAUCGAUAUUGGAAAAUGUUGAUAGAGCAGAUUUGUUAAUAGCAACUGUAGAUGCUAUAUUGCUCAUCAUAGAUUCUUACCCAGAAACGUUUACCACCAAGUAUUUUCACGAUACUGUGGAUACACUUGUGGGUUGGCAUAUUGAUUCCACAAAGCAAAAAUCAAUCGUUCUUUUUGCUAGUCGAUGCUUGCAAAAAUUGCGUUCUUUCUGGGUAGCGGAUCUGCAGUUCACGUUAACGUUACUGAGCCAAUUUUUAGAAGACUUAGAAACCUAUGAUGAGAGAUUAAGUUUACCCGAAUCAGGUCGUACAUCACCCGGAGACGAAGGAUCGGUGACGCCAAAGGAAUGUAUUUUAUACAUCACAUCGUUAAUAUCUGUUUUUAACACAGUAAUGAAAAGCAUAUCUGAGAACUUAAAUCCAAACUUUUCAUCAAACGUGCAGUGGUCUUUUUUAACAGAUUGUCUAUCGAAAAUGUUAAAGACUGUUGUCAAAGCAAUCGAAUUCGAAGAAGAGAAUGACGAAAUCAUAUUCAUUGACACAGAAACCUUGAUAAAAUGCAUAAAGAACGUAAAUACGUCUCAGAAAUAUAUAGAAAUUCUCUCUAAACAUUUUAAUAAAGAUGAGAUCGCCGAGGAAAAUCUCAUUAAGAUGAUCAAAUCAUUGACUAUGAGUAAAAAGAAUAAUGAGAAAAAUUCUAAAACAACUUUUGAUAAAGAUACUCUGCUGCAAGAAAAAGAGCAAGUUUUGAUAAACUUAUUGCAAUCAAUGGGACCUAAAAUCAAACAUGUUGAGGAUUUGUCAGAAGAGAAAGAAGAAUUAAUUGUAAUCGCAAAUGAAUGUACUUUUUUGCUUCUCGGUCAUCUUCAGAGUCGUCUUGCACAGAAUCACGAGUUUCUCUAUAAAUUUAUUGAUCUCCAGUUGCAGAAAGUUAAUAUUUUCUGGGAUGAUACUAUUAUUUCGAUGUUGACCACCAUAUCGAAAAUAAUAAAGGAAGUGUCUGCAAAUUUGCCUCUGGAAUUGGUGCAUAAAUUGCUCGGCCAAAACUCAGCACUGCUGAAAUUAAGAUUUCGAGAUUCCGUUCUCAUUCAAAAUGCGAGUCUAGGAGUGUAUCACAGUCUCCUUAGUUUGAAGAAUAUUCCGUUAUUACAAGAGUCUUAUCGCUAUAUACUAGCAGACUUGGAGAUUGCUUACAAGCUCAUAUUACCUGAUAUAGAUAGUUUAGUUGCCGAUAAUCCAUUAAAUAACUUGAGAUAUGUGGAAAACGAUGUUGAGAUUGUAGUUACAUUCAUACUACGUGCGCUCUCGGAUAUAGCGAACGCGAGCAAUUCGAUUAUCGGAAUGUGGGCUUUAAAACCCAGUAUCCUAGAACUCCUUGCAGUAAAAUUGAAACCGUAUGAUAGUUCACUUUCUUUAAAUAACCCUUUCUUACAAUAUAGCAUUCUAUAUCUACUCUAUGCACACUGCUCUAGAUAUAAUCAUUUUGUUCCAAGCUCAAGCUUGAUAACAGGCACUAUUACCUGCCGUCCGAUAGACAUGUUUCCUGGAACUUUAGAUGUACCAACCACAUCACCAACUAGCGGUCAUUUAUCUAUAAUUCUCAAUCUGAUAGCGAAAAUGUACAAUAAAAGUACACCUGUGCAAACUCUACUUCUUUUAUCCAGCUGGAUGCAAGAGAUUUGCGCACAGUCAGAAAAGUACAUUGGGAUUUUAAGCAAAACGCAAGAGUGCCAAAGUAUUAUUACAAGUUUAAUUAAUUGUGGAGCUACGACCAACAAUCGUAUUGCAAGCGCAGUAUGCGAUCUUUUUGAAAUCUUAAUGACAGCAAAGAAUGUAAUAUGGAAACAAGAGGUUUAUUCGAAUAUUGUAGAUCUAGCGACGUUACAUUUAACAUCAUGCAAUAAGACGGUCCGCAAGAAGUAUGGCUUGUUGCUCAUUUUAAUUCCCAUUAAUAUUGUUAUACCAAAAUUAAACAUAGAACAUUUGUUUUCAGACACCAAAAAAAUGCGAGAAAUUCAAAUGUAUUCGACGGAAUCAUUGAUACUCGCUCAAAGAUUGCACAUGCGGAGUAAUAACAAUGGAGAAUUGUUGGCGCAGCAUUUUAAAACGUACAUGGCGUUUUUAUUACAAGAGCAUUAUCUCGAUGCGCCUAGUUUGGCGGAAAUCUUCACUUUGUGCUGGCCAGCUGUAUCGGACAGCGAAACCGCGGCAAGAAUGUACGACUUAGCACAGGCAAAUUGUUCGUUCCUUUACUUUUGGAAUGGUUUUGAAGCAGCGCAACACUGUGUGCUUAACAAGCUUCGCACUUCUCUAGGGAAACCUCAGGAGACGUUUACAUCAAUUGAAAGUGCCUUGAAGAUUUUGGCUCGCGAGAUAUCGUAUUGCAUGGAUGUGGUAAAGAAAGAAAAACAAGAUUUGAAACAUAUUCUGCAUGAACACACGCGAGUGAGGCUUUUCAUAGAAUUCCUGGAACACCUGGAGAAAGUAAUUCAUAAUGCAUCGGAUGGUUGUGCAAUGGCACUCUUGCCGCUAUCAAAACCAGUUAGAACAUUUUUUCAUACAAACAAAUUAACGUGCAAAGAAUGGUUGAAUCGCAUACGAUUGGCCUUAUGUGUGGUGUCGCUACAUUCGGGCCUGGCAACAAGUGCACUGCGUAACGGUCAAAAACUGCUGGAGGAUUUGAGCAACGCUGAUAACACGCAAGGUGUAGAGUUCGAAAGAGCGACUUUGGGAACGGCGCAGGCGAUGGUUGCACUGGGCGAAAUGGAGGCAUUGCAGGGCCUUUACGUGUAUACUAAAGAGAAGGAUAGAAAAUUCCCAUGGCUAAAAGCAGCAAUGGAAGAAACUGCCGGACACUACGAAGCAGCAGCAGAAACCUACAAGCAGAUUAUCGAUGAACAAGUUAAGACAAAAAAUGACGAUAAAAGCAUUACAACUACGAAACUCGAAAGUGAUAACCAAGUUUUGAGCUUUUGUAUGCAGCGACUUUCUUACUGUUACAAAGCAGUCAGUGACUGGUCCGGAUUAUUAAGCUGGAAAUUACAAGAGACCGAUAUGUUGGCGGAAGAUAGAAACACUGCUUUAAGAAAACUAAUUACGGAGAAUAUUGUACCGCAACAGGCAGAUUGUUUGAAAAAAUUUGAAGAAGGUGAACUGUUGUCAUUGGAUGGGCUGACAAAUUGGAAUUUACUAGACGCGGAGAAACAGAGUAAUUGGAGUUGUGCAAAAACAUUAUGCGAGUGCAGCAACACUUUGACGAAUAUUGCGCUGAAGAUACGCGUGAACGACUUUAAGAACACAUUUGAAAGCGAUAUUGAAAAGUGCCAAAAGGUUGCGGCUAAGACAAUGCAAGAUGGUUUACGAAAUAUGCCAUCGGAAUAUCUUAACGAUGCUAUAUUGCUUCAAUAUUCGGCAACAUGUCUGAAGAAUUUAUUACGUGGCAAAACUACUGAGAAAAAUGUUUUCGAGUUGUAUAAGAUUGAUAAAAUCAACUGCAUAAACUCGAACAUCUUGACACAAAUCUUGUGGUGGUCCGAGUAUUUUGACCAAGCAUGUGACAAUAGCACUAUCCAGGAAGUGGAUAAUUUACGAUUGGAUGUCAUCAGAACAGCUAGGAAAGAGAACAAUUUCAAUUUGGCAAAACGAGAAAUAGUCAAAUAUUUCAAAUCGGAGAGGAACUUAAUUCAACUACAAAAUCUGGCUGUUUGCAAUUUUUCCGAGAUCACGAAUAGCUUAUUAAACGGUUCAUUUCAUGUGAAAUGGACCAAGAACAGCAUGCGUGCGUUCAGAGAAUUUUCUAAAUUGCUGUACAACAUGGAGAACACGAGUGAGGCGUUAAAGAUGUGUUGCGUAACCUCGUUGGGAAUUUCGCAGGCGAUCGUCAGUGGCGAACAGUCUGCUGAUUUACGAGAAACUGGUACCAAGCUCCUUCUUACUCUAGGCAAAUGGAUACAGCAGGACAUAAACGUAAAUGACUAUCCUCAGCUGGAAGAAUUACUCAGAUUCGAAGCCGUGCACAACGAUGGCCUAAUGAAUAAAUUGUUCGGCGACACGAUCGAUUUGAUUCCGACGUCAGACAUGAUAAUUGGCAAACUGAUGCAACUCGGCGUAAAUCAGUGUCCAGAUCUACCGCUUGCCUGGUCCAGUUUUGCUGCUUGGUGUUACAAGUGGGGCCGAAAGAUAGUUGACAAUUCUAACUCCGGUCAAUUGACGGAUACUGAUCGAUUAAAUAUAAAGUCUCUACUGCCACUGGACAUAGCUGAAGCUGAUCUUAACACCAUUUUUUCUAUAUUGAGCCAAAAUAAAACUAUACCUGAAGACGAAGGCGACAUAGAUACAACCGACGUAAACACGUCCGAUAUGAUAGAAAAUCAGCUGAGGAAUUUGCCGAUUCUGUCUCACGCUAGCAACGAGCAUCUCAAUAUGUUAGUCGAUAUCUGGCGGCAGGCACAAAAAAGAAUCUAUUCAUAUUAUGAACUCUCGGCAAAUGCAUAUUUCAAAUACUUGCAGUUAGCGAAUAAUGAAAGCAAUGAAUGUGAUACUAUUACAGCAACAUUGAGACUGUUACGACUUGUAGUGAAGCAUGCUCUUGAACUACAAAACGUACUCGAGGCUGGUCUCUCGACAACCCCAACCGCACCUUGGAAAGAGAUUAUACCACAAUUGUUCUCCAGGCUGAGUCAUCCUGAGGCGUACGUAAGGACUCAGGUGUCCGAGUUGUUGUGUCGAGUAGCGGAGAAUUCGCCGCAUUUGAUUACAUUUCCAGCUGUAGUGGGCGCGGUCUCUGGCCAGAGGAAAACCUAUGAUAAAGUUAUUUAUGAAAAACCUAAUGAGAACGACAGUUCGCAAAACAAUUUGGACUUAAACGUUGUCGAGGAAGAAGCUACUGCAAACACAGACGAAAGUGAAAAAUUCAUGGAUUCUUGUUUCUCACAAUUGGUCGAUUGUCUGUCGAGUCGUAUCCAGGACUCUAUAGUUCAAGUGAAGAUAUUAGUGAAAGAACUGAGACGAAUUACUUUGCUGUGGGACGAAUUAUGGCUAGCAACAUUAUGCCAGCAUCACACGGAAUUUAUUAAACGAUUUGAACAAUUAGAGAUCGAGAUACAGCGUGUGCAGGAUAAUGUCUGGCUUACAUCUGAAGAAAAAGAUAAACUGAUAGCAGAGAAAUACAGAAUUAUUUUGAAACCGAUUACGUUCAUAUUAGAAAAUCUUUUAUCAAUGACGUCCGUAUCUGCUGAAACACCGCAUGAGAAAAAUUUUCAGGAAAAGUUUGGUGCAUCUAUAGAAGAAGUGAUAAAUAGACUCAAUAAUCCUAAAAAUCCGGCAAAGCCUCAGAUCGCUAGUUUGGCCUUAAAACAUCUCGAAGGCAAGUUGGCGCAACGUGUACAUCGACGAGCUGCUUAUUCUUUAUCAAUGACAGAUAUCAGUCCUAUUUUAGCCAAUCUGAAAGACACCUGCAUCGCCAUGCCAGGCGUCGCUGCAGUCGAUAAAAAGAUCGUUACUAUUAUGUCAGUAGAUAACAACGUUCAAAUUCUACCAACAAAGACGAAACCGAAGAAACUGAUAUUUCACGGUUCCGAUGGCCACGUUUAUACAUACUUGUUCAAAGGAUUAGAAGAUUUACAUCUGGACGAGAGAAUAAUGCAAUUCUUGAGUAUAUGUAAUACUAUGAUGUCGAAAAACAGUGAUACGAAGACCUACAGGGCGCGGCACUAUUCGGUGAUUCCACUGGGUCCUAGAUCUGGUCUCAUUCAGUGGGUUGACGGCGUCACACCUUUGUUUAUAUUAUAUAAACGAUGGCAGCAACGUGAAUGCGUCAUGAAUAACAAGAGCGGCGGCGGUAAUAAUACGAUAAUGCGACCAUCGGAAUUGUUCUACAAUAAACUAACACCGUUAUUGAAGGAGCGCGGGAUUAGCUUGGAAAACCGAAAAGAAUGGCCUAUCCAAGUGUUGAAGCAAGUGUUAGCUGAGCUAAUGAAUGAGACACCGAAGGAUUUAUUAGCUAAAGAAAUCUGGUGCAAUAGUAUCAAUGCUGGCAGCUGGUGGCAAGCUACCAAAAACUAUUCACGUUCCGUUGCAGUAAUGUCCAUUAUCGGCUAUAUCAUAGGCUUAGGUGAUAGACACUUGGAUAACGUUCUUGUUGAUCUCAAUACUGGCGAAGUUGUGCACAUCGAUUACAACGUUUGCUUCGAAAAAGGAAAAACCUUGCGUGUUCCUGAAAAAGUGCCGUUCCGCAUGACACCAAACAUUAAAGCAGCUUUAGGAGUAACUGGUGUCGAGGGUAUAUUUAGGUUUGCUUGUGAGAAUACUCUGAGAGUGAUGCGUAGAGGCCGCGAGACUCUUUUGACCUUGCUGGAAGCAUUCGUCUAUGAUCCUCUCGUGGACUGGCGAGCGGGCGCAGAUACAAGUAUAGCUAGCUACGGCGCUUGCCAAGCUAGAGCGAGAUGCACUGGCAUCGGAAGAAAGCAGCUAGAACAGGAACUUACUUACGCAAUGUUUGCUGUGAGAACGGCAGAAAUGCGCACAGAAUGGUUGGCUAAUCGAGAAGAGUUAGCUAACACUUUUCCCCUACUGUGUCAUCAUUUGAUUUGUUGGAUUGAGGCGACUGAAGCUUCACGUCAGUGUCAGGAUUUACUGCAGGAUCGACAUCAGCAACUCGCAUUGGUGAAAGAGGCGCAAGCAAUGGGUCGAAAUCACGCCUUGUAUUCAGUUGUAAAACGGUACAAUUCGUUUAAACGUGCACGAGAUGCUCAUGAGAAAACAAAAGCUAGUUUGAAAGAGAAAAUAGAAGAAUGUGAGAAACAAAUUAAUAUGCAUAACAUUGCUCUUGCCUCAGUACGAGGACCUCAACUUGGAAAUUGGCUAGAGGAUUUAGGAACAGGAACAAGUAUAGAGGACCACGUGAUAUUUGAUCUCGUAAAAGAAUUUCUACAAAAUGCUGGGCAAAGUCAGAUGAUAUUACAGUGCGAGCAGUCAGAAAAAGAACUAAAGCAGUUAGCCAGUCAGCAAUCUGUUUAUAUACGCAAUUGCUUAGAUCUAUUAAGCCAGUAUUCUGCCAUUUGCAGCUUAUAUCCUCUCAGCAUUUUAUCUCAACAUCGUACCGUGCUUUAUCAUACUUGGGCCAACAAGAUGUUGAUUUCUGGUACUGUCGAAACCUGUCACGAAAUUAUGGCGCAACUCAAAGCAUGUUUGGAGUCGAUCAAUCCAAGUAAUCCACAAGUCCAGCAUAUACUAACUUUUUCAUAUAAGAUGCAAACAAUUUUAAAAACAUCAAACGAAAGAUUCAAGAAAACUUAUGAAAGGAUGGUAGCCGAAGGUUUACCAGAAGCUGCCAAUAGAAUUGAGAAGGCGUACACUGAAUCGAGAGUUCAGAUUACGCACUUUCUGCGACGAGAGAAGGGUGCGGAAAGAGCACUCGAAUGCGUUAAUAUUACUGCGUUGUGUACAUUAAAUAAACGAUAUUUGAUAAUGGAAGGUGCCGCCAAAAGCGCUGGAGAUUGUCUUGUAGAUCUCACGUCUCGCGAAGGAGAUUGGUUUCUAGACGACAUGCGUCUGACGUCGUCGCUCAUCGCCGAACUGAUUACACUAAUACCGGAGAAUCACAAGACAAACAAUGAUUCUAAAAUCUCGUUAGUGCUAAAAUGUCUUAGGAGUGCUGACUGCAUCUAUAAGGGUUUGCAAGAUCUCAACUAUAAUUUCCAGACUAUUAUAUUACCAGAAGCGAUGAAGACCAUUAUUACAGAGGAGCCGAGUGUCAUGCAAAUGAUAAACGAGUUCAGUGAGAUUAUAAUACUAACCGGGAUAUCUCUCAAUGAUAUUUUGACGCAACUUGAGAUGCAUCUCCGAUUCACCGUAAUGGAAAUGGAAAGUCCACAUUCAGUAGUGCAAAAUAUAGUGGCUAACAUAAGAUUACGAUUCGACGCGUUAGUAUCGCGACCCGCCGAAGCUCAAGAUUUAAAUCAAGAGGAGACUUUAACACCGGGUGAGAUGUUGCUGAUGGGUUUUAACGGUCUGUUCGAGAAAUUGCAAAUGGAAGGUAAUAACUUGGUGGCCACUUUGAGUUUGUUAGACUUUCCGGUAAAUUGGAAAAAAAUUGAUCAAAUACGUGAGGCUAGUCUUCAACAAUACGCGCCUAUUUUCAAUAAAGAAGCUCGACAAAUCCUCGAAAAUAUAUUCCUGAUCAAGAGAUUGCAGACUAUGCAAGACUUCUUCAUGAUGUGCAGGGACAUUGCUACCGCGUUUAAAGGCGGAUUAGCAAACGUAUACGACGACGACCAACUUAACAAACCUAUCCGAUCGUUUACAGCCGAUUACGUCUCAAGACAAUUGCUCGGAGUGACGUCACAAACUUUGGCGAUUGCUUUGUGCUUUCUAUUGCAACGGAUGGGCCUGAAUGUAACCACCGAGAUCGAACAAAGAGAUAUCGGUGCAGAAAAUAAAGUCUCAUUAGAGGAAUUGUGUCGAAAAAUGGUAGAUUUGUGCUUGAGAAGAGGAUUGUUUUCAGCUUCAGCCUUUGCACAAGCAAGCGCGUUAAACAACACUCUAGAAAGCACUUGGCGUCGCAAGCAGAGUGCCAGAUUGGCACAAAAAAGUGUCGAGGUGGCUAGAGCUAGUUUGCAGAGACUUCAACUUCAGUUGACGGCUCAUCAUUGGUUGUACGAAGAUAUUAUAAUGCUGAGGCCCAAUAUGAAUCUAAUUAAUCCUUUGAAUCGGUCUACGUUUAUGCUGGAAUUACGAAAAAUGGCGACAACACUGUCGACUUUACAGUUGCGAGUAUGUGACGCUCGUGAGCAACAACAAAAUCUUGUUUCGAGUGCUGUACAACGUUUAAAAUGGGCUGCUGGUGCCAAUCCAGCAUUAGGUGAAAUUAUGUCAGCGUUUGAUAACGCAGUGUUGUCAUCGUGCAAAAAGUUGUCCGAGCAACAUAAUUUAGCGAUAAUGGUGGUGAACACGUGCAAUGCGAUACUACAUUACGAGGCUUUGAGAACCAGAACAUCGGAGAGCACAACACAUGACGCGACUUUCAUCAAGUUGAUCAAACACUGGGAAGAGAGCUGCAUGUUGACGCUCAACCUCAAUAUUACCGUUACUAUGAUUGAAGAAAGCCUUGUACAGCUGUUGCAGCUAGAAAACAACGUAGACGCGACGUGGUUGAAGCAAGCCGAAAAAAUCGUAUCAGAAGCAAUAGUCGACACCCAGAAGAAGUUACAGGAGAAGCAAGAAGCAUUGUUUACGGCUGAAGAAUACUUAAGGAAGCGAGUAGAGAAUUUGCAGAAUGUGCUCGCAGAACAUCACCGUUUGAUGUCGGAUGUUAGAACGUUGCUGAAGACGAUGGCUAAACACGAGAACAUAGUCGGUUUGCAGGAUUUCCUGUCCACUUAUCGUUCCUUCACGGAAAAUAUAUCGACGAUAGUGAAGGAAUUGGAGUCUGAAAAUUUCGAUCCAAAUCGCGGUAUGGCAAUUAAGAAUGAGUUAGAGACAAUGGCGAUUACAGUACCCAGCCUGUAUAAUCAAUUGUUAGAGUUCGCAAAUGAGAGCAAAUGGAAUUCGAUGGAAGACACAGACAGUCUGUCGAAGAGAAAAGGUAAAUUAGUGCGGCAAGACAGCGUAUGUCUAAGUCCGAGGAAAGGAAUACCAUUGACUAGAGAUCCAACUACGGGUAAAGCUGUGCAAGAGCGAAACGCUUAUGCACUGAACGUGUGGCGUCGUGUACGUAUGAAGUUAGAAGGCCGCGAUCCACAACCGUCGCGCAAAUACACCACGGCUGAACAGGUGGAGUACGUGAUACGUGAAGCGCAAAGCACUGACAAUUUGGCCCUGUUAUACGAGGGCUGGACACCAUGGGUCUGAACGAACGACAACUAGCGCGCACGCGCUUUAUUGGCUCGUCAUUCGUCUCGUACGGUACUGAAGCUCUAGCGUACCUACGUCGUCGUAUCCUACGUCGCUUUAGGUCGCCGUAGGAGUUAAUGCUCUGCAUGAUACCAGAUGGCAGAGUGUUCGGCAAAAACAAACGUCAUUCGGGAAAUAAGUCAAUAGAAACAAGUUGGUUUUUGCAGAUUGAUCGCGGAUUGAUCUCUCCGGUGCGACAACCGAAAACCUAUUGAGUGCGCGAUGAUCCUAUAUUUGUCUCAGAAACGAGACUGGUAUGCAAUUUAUUAUGCACAUGAAUGAAAUGAGUUUUUUUCUUUUUUUCUUUUUUAAGGAAAAAGUCAAAUAUGUAGAACACGUAACCACUCGAAGAAAAAUAUCUUUUUGAGAGUCACGAAUUUUGAGAAAAAUAUAGAAUCGGAAAUAUAAUAUCUUUUUGCUAACAGUAUAGUGUUGCGAAAAGAUCGAUGAGCGUCUCAAUAACGAUGCCAUCGCACGCCAUCGAUCACGCAAUGGCUAAUGCAAUUAAGUGCUAAUAUUACAAAAAACAUGCUUGACAUUUUAACGAAACAUUCAAAUCAGUUUGCGUUUCAUUCUCUUGUGAAUAAAUGUAAUGAGAGAAAUAUAACGUUAUAAUUUUAGAUCUGUAAAUUGAUGUCACACAUAUGUACAUCGACACACACUUGUUAAAUAAUUCAAUGACUGAAAGCAUGCAGCAUUAUUUUAUAAUAACAUAAAAAUAUCUAUGACUUAAAGAGAAACUACUAAAUCAUUGUUAAAUUUUAUGGAAUUCGUAAAUUACACUUAAAAUCCGCGCGCGCGUUUACACACACACACACACACACACACACACACACACACACACACACACACACGAAUUUAAUGUAUUAAAAAAAUUCCAGGACAAAAUAAAUUUAAAAAUUUGCCAUGUUUUCUCUUGAGUCAAAGUUUUAGGGCAUUAGUAUUGAACGAUUUGAACGAAAAAAAAACAUUCAUUACUUUCCAACAUAGCCAACGUUAGCACAAUGUUCUCGCUAAGGUCGCACAUAUAUGUUAUCAAGCUAUUUUGUUUCAAAUAAUUAUUAGUACACAAAUACAUUUUCUAACAAAGAUAAAGAAUAAAGACUUGAUUUUU